AUGAGUUCAUCUUCGGACAAUAUUCGAAUAAAUGAUGAAUACGAGAAAUAUAUUCGUAUACGUCUUCAACACACCAAUCCGGCUAUACUGUUCGGUCAUGCUUUAGCUAAUAUAUGCAGUGAUUAUGCUCAAUCAAUGAUUUAUUUCCAUCGUUUACUAAGAACAUUACCCAUAGAUGAUGUCGAACGACCCAAUAUUUAUUAUAAUUUAGGACGUAUUUAUCAAUUUAUUGAGAAAUUCGAAAAAUCUCUUGAUUGUUUUCGAUGUGCUCGAUUACUCAUUUGUCGUCUGUUACCGGAGAGAAUGUUUGAUUAUUGUCGUAUUCUAGGUGGAAUGGGUUCUGUGUACUUAUAUUUGGGAGAUUCGGAACGAGCAUUAAAAUUACUCAGACAAGCUUUAGCACUUCACAAGAAAUCAUUUCCAGAAAAUCAUACAGAAAUUCCAUUUCACCUGAAUCGUCUGGGUUAUGGUUAUUUCAAAGCCAAACAAUAUGAUCAUGCACUUUUGAUUCUCAAUAGUGCUGAGAAUUUUUUCCAGACAAAAAUGCCUGUGGAUCAUCAAGGAUACGCCGAGACUUUGCAUUCAAUGGGUUUAGUUUAUCAUGGUAUUGGUGAUAAUAAAAAAGCAUUGAUUUGCUUUCAAGAAGCAUUACGCCAACGACAUACAUUACUUGGUAAAGAUCAUCCUUAUCUUGCAUCUACUUAUUAUCAACUUAGUCUCAUACAUAAUGAUCGUGCUGAAUAUGAAAUAGCACUUGAUUAUGUUCAAAAAUCUCUAAAUAUCCAAUUAAUAAAAUUACCACACUCCCAUUCCGAACUAAAACUAUCAAAAGAACUUCUUCGACGUCUUCAGCAACACCAAUAA